AUGGCCGAGUCAUCUGUGCACUCAAAAGCCACUGUUGGGAGGAGCCACUCUGGUUCCGCCUUGAACGAGCGACAAGAGGAACUACAGGCGGACGUACCUCGUCUGGAGCGCUUGCUGGAACUAGGUGUUUGUACCAGACUCCCUGCCGCACGACAGGAGGCGUUCGAGCGUUUGCGUCGCUGGAUAAACGGCAGUGCGAACCAAGAUGCUGCAGUAAUCGCUGCCUGUGCUGUCAUUUUCCGUCAGAUGCAACGUUGUUUGAGGUGCGAACUUACUCCGAAUUCGAAACGAAGGCGAACUUGUCAUUCAGGUGCGUUCACUUCCGAUCCAGAUAGCAGGACGCUGGUCCACUUGCUCACGUUCCUCGCUCGUAUCGUAGGCUUGUACGCACGUCGACAAGGGACACCGACAAGCGAUGCCCUCAGCGCUGCAUCGACAGUCGAGUCAAGGCCGGCACUGUUGCGAUGGCUCGCUGCUCGACUUUUCCACCUCAUCGACGCCAUUAUCGUUAGUGGUGUUGAGCGAACGGCGCUUGCGUCCCUGCCCGGCCCGUUAGCGUUUGCCAAGGCUGCUCGAGACCGAGUCAUCGCGUUGGUUUGCCGGUGGCGUGAUCUUUUUGCCGAUGUAGAUGAAUCAUUUCAGCAAGCGUAUCUCUACACGUUUGAGAUCUUACGCGUGCCGCAGCUGCAGUGUACAGAGGCUAUUCUGCGACCACGCUUCUUUCGAAAUCAACAGGAACUAGAAGCCUCGUUGCGGGUACAGAUUCCGGCGCUGAUCGAACGCCUAACUCGAGAGCACCUCCACUACAACGAUGAAAACUUUCUGGGAACUCUGGAGAGGGAGUUCGGCAUGCGCACGAGCGGAUAUCUCGGUAUAGAUGACGCUUCUGAUCCAGGAGCCAUGCAGCGCCUCGUUCCGAAUCAGCAGCUGUCCGCAAAUCAAGAGCUGUUGAAAUUGUGGUCCAGGCAUCGUGAUCGUCUUCGAGACACACUCAAGUGGGUGAAAAGCGCUCGAACAGACCUAGAGCAGCGUCAACAGCUGUGGACGGGUCUUGCGACGCCUCAUAUCACCGCUGAUGAAGUCUCCGUACACACAUCACUGCGUGGGCUGGACGCUCGACUGUCUGCGUUCGAGACCCGGGUCCAGCUGUUGUGGUCACAAGCGGAGACGCUUGGCAUCGAGCAUCCAGCUGCUACCAGCGCCGAUGACAAUCCAACCGAGAAUAGAGUACCCUCAGGGUAUGCUUUCGAUGAUCACAUGGCGAUCAGCGAGCAAGAACUUGAUGCGAACAACGAUUUCGCCGACAUCGAUUUUAUCGCUAUACAAGAAACGUUCACUGGGACCGAGACAUCCGAAAAUGCGCUUACCUUUUCUCCGAUUCAUUCUGAAGGGGCUCGGGAAAACACAAUAACCGACUCAACAGAGAUAUAUGAUGAGCGUCUGCCGCAAGAUGCGCCAUCAUUACCUACUGAUGCCUACGCGACCAGCACAGCGUCGAAUCAGCAUGCCCUGCAACAUGCUGUAGAUUUCACGCUUCCCGAGCAGAUCAAUCAACGAGGCUUCAGCGAAAUCGAGCGUUUACUCCAGCGCCGAAUCAGCAGCAACAGCGAGAACGUGAAUGAAGAGGUCUUGCAGGCGUUUGAGGCUGCAGAGCUACACUUACUACGAGCCCAGACUACAAGUGACGCCACGACUACUGUCGCUGUCGCCGCGGACCCCCUUGAGGGAUUCUUGCCCGCAGACCUGCGACCCAACCGCCGACGGUCGACCGUAUCGUCGAAAGUUUCCGCUCAAGCGCGCACUGCUUUGCGUGCGUCUCGACAUCGCUUAGAAACGCAUCUUCGGCGCGUGCUUCCCCGUGCCCAACGUCAACGCAUGCAGCAAGCAGAGUCGAUAUUCGAACACCGCCAACGAGAUCGUCGCGCGUGA